AUGGUGAGCAGUGACUGGGCAUCUGCAGUGCUGGGUGGAGGGACGGUUGGAUCCGGAAUCAGCGGUGGUUUUGACUGUGCCCUGUCUGUUUGGCAUCUGAGCCCUGAUCACGUGGUUGGGACCAUAGUCCAGGGCGACUGGAGGGUGGCGGAUCCCCUGACCUUUGAGGAUGUUGUGAACUUCACCCUAGAAGAAUGGGGCUGAUUGGAUCCUUCCCAAAAGAAGCUCUACAGAGAAGUCAUGCUAGAAACCUGUAGGAACCUGUCCUUCAUAGUGUUAGAGAGACUCAAGGAACAUAAACAACGUAUUCAAUGUGGAGAAUCCAUUCAACACACUCCAGAGAACAUUGUAAGCAAGGAAACUCUGCUUAGAACAGCUCCCUGUAAAAGCAAUAUAUGUGAUGCUUAUGGGAAAACUUUCACUGAUGACAAGGCUCUUCUAAUCCAUGAAAAGAUACACAAUGUGCUGAAAUCUCAUGGAUGGAAAAAAUGUGGAACAGCCUUCACUUCAUCUGGUACUUUUCAGAAUUAUGAAACUUCUCACACUAGUGAGAAACCCUAUGUAUGUAAACAAUGUGGGAAAGCCUACAAUCAUCCCCAUAACCUCCAUAUUCAUGAAAGAACUCACAGUGGAGAGAAACCCCAUGGAUGUAAGCAAUGUGGGAAAUUCUUCACCCAUGCCUAUCACCUUCGUUAUCAUGAAAGAUUACAUAGUGGAGAAAAACCCUAUGGAUGUAACCAAUGUGGGAAAGUUUUUGCUCAAGCCCGUUACCUUCGACUUCAUGAAAGAACGCACAGUGGAGAGAAACCCUAUGGAUGUAAGACAUGCGGAAAAUUCUUCACCCAGGCAUGUCACCUGCGAUAUCAUGAAAGAACGCAUAGUGGAGAAAAGCCCUGUGGUUGUAAGCAAUGUGGGAAAGUCUUCACUCAUGCAUGUUUCCUUCGAUAUCAUGAAAGAACACAUAGUGGAGAAAAACCCUAUGGUUGUAAGCAAUGUGGGAAAGUUUUUGCUCAAUCCACUCACCUUCAAAUUCACAAAAGAAUUCACACUGGAGAGAAACCCUAUGGAUGUCAGAAAUGUGGGAAAGUCUUCACCUAUGAGUGUCAACUUCGUUAUCAUGAAAAAACUCAUAGUGGAGAAAAACCCUAUGGAUGUAACCAAUGUGGGAAGGUUUUUGCUGAAGCCAUUCACCUUCGAACUCAUGGAAGAACUCACACUGGAGAGAAACCCUAUGGAUGUCAGAAAUGUGGGAAAGUUUUUGCUCAAGCCCGUUACCUUCGACUUCAUGAAAGAACUCACACUGGAGAGAAACCAUAUGGAUGUCAGAAACGUGGGAAAUUCUUCAUCCAUGCGUGUCACCUUCGUUAUCAUGAGAGAAUGCAUAGUGGAGAAAAACACUAUGGAUGUAACCAAUGUGAGAAAGUUUUUGCUGAAGCCAUUCACCUUUGAUUUCAUAAAAGAACUCACACUGGAGAGAAACCCUAUGGAUGUAACCAAUGUGGGAAAGUUUUUACUCAAGCCAGUUACCUUCAACUUCAUGAAAGAACUCACGCUGGAGAGAAACCCUAUGGAUGUAGCAAAUGUGGGAAAUUCUUCACCCAGGCGUGUCACCCUCGUUAUCAUGAAAGAACGCAUAGUGGAGAAAAACCCUAUGGUUGUAAGCAAUGUGGGAAAGUCUUCACUCAUGCAAGUUUCCUUCAAUAUCAUGAAAGAACUCACAGUGGAGAAAAACCCUAUGGAUGUCAGAAAUGUGGGAAAUUCUUCACCCAGUCAUGUCACCUUCGAAUUCAUGAAAGAAUUCACACUGGAGAGAAACCCUAUGAAUGUAAGCAAUGUGGGAAAGCCUUUAAGCAAGCCAGUCAUCUUCAGAGCAGAAGAACUCACACUGGAGAGAAAACAUAUUAA